UUUGAGAGAAAAAGUAAAGGCUGUGACAAAGGAAUGGGAGGACCCAUUAGAAGUCACAAGGAUUUUUUUCUUCUCAAGAACCCACUGAAGGAAGGGUUCCCACAAAAGGUAGACCUCUCAGUCCUCUGCCACUCUUUUUCUUUUCACAAUUUGUGAUUGAAAGGCCCACAAAACUGGAAGCAAAACUCAUCUCAAAGAGCUAAGAACGCAUGAAUUCACAAAACAUGAAAGUAUUGAGUUGACGUCUUUUCACGUUUUGUCCAUUUGGGUUCUUCUUCUUUCAGUUCUUCUCUCGGUUGAUUCUUGUCUUUCAGAGUUUCUGAUGAUUUGGGGAAGAUCUGGGUCUGGUUCUGGUUCUGGUUCUGGGUUUUUUUGCCUACAAGGUGUUCGAUGAAAUGUCUCCUCCAUUGUUUUCUCCUGUUGAUGGCUUCAAGCUCCCUUUUGAAGGUUCUUCAAUGGCUUCCUCUACUUUUUUUCUGUAAUUGGGAUUGAAUUUUGAAGGACCCUUGAUUCAUUUUUUGUGUUACUUGGACAACUUUUUGUGGUUCUGCAAAUGGGGUUCUGGUUUUAUUUUCAUCUGUUCUAGAACCGAAUAUUUUCCCAACGUUGGGAUUGAGAUUAGUUUAGUUACUAUUCUAUUUCCGUUGCUCAUUGAUUGCUUGCUGGUGCUCUCAAAUGGGCAACAAGAAGGGCUGGUUUUAUUUAGUCAAGAAGCUUUUCGUUUCAGAGACACAGACAAAGCCUGAGAAGAAGCAAAAGAGGUGGAAAUGGGUGUUUGGAAGGAUGAGGAACAAGAGACUAGCCACACUGACAGCGCCGUUGCCAUCAAAAGCGACGAUGAGACGAGAAGAGGAGGAAGAGGAGAGGAAACAGGCUCUUUCUGUGGCCAUUGCGACUACCGCAGCGGCCGAAGCGGCAGUUGCAGCAGCUAAGGCUGCUGUUGAGGUUGUGUGGCUCACAGGGACCCCUCAAUCUCAUCAACAAAAUGCUGCAGAAGAACCCUGUAAGCCUCUCAAGAAGGCCCCUCCAUCUGAUCUUCUUAGGCGUGAAAGGGAAAUCCAUGAGUUUGCUGCUAUUACUAUCCAAACGGCUUUCCGUGGCUUCCUUGCGAGAAAGGCAUUGAGAGCACUGAAAGGAAUAGUGAAGCUACAAGCAAUUAUUAGAGGGAGAGCUGUUAGGCGCCAAGCCAUUGCCACUUUGAAGUGCUUGCAGUCCAUCGUUAGCAUACAAUCACAAGUCUAUUCAAAUAGGCUUCACCCUCCUCAAAACACUUUCAAUUCUCCUGAAACGAAGCAGUUUCAGAGCUUGAGAGAUAGGAUCAUAAAGUUGGAUUCCAACGAUCAAAGGUGGGAUGACAGCCUACUAUCAAAAGAAGAAGCCGAUGCAGUGUUUUGUAGCAGAAAAGAAGCAGUGAGAUCUACGGAGUCCGAACGAAAGAAGGUAAGAGGAAGAUGGAGAUACUGGCUAGACCAAUGGGUCGACACCCAGCUCUCCAAAAGCAAAGAACUCGAAGAUUUGGACUCAAUUUUCACCUCAAAUCCAAACCCACCAACAAAAAACACAGAAGAACUCCCCAACCAAUCUCCAUAUCAAAAUCCAGCUCUGAAAAAACUCUCCCACCACAAGAAGCAGCGUUCACUGGGAGGCGGAAUAGACUCAAACAGCUCAUUUUCAAGCUCCCCACUGGUGCCAGCAUACAUGGCGGCCACUGAAUCUGCAAAGGCAAAAGCAAGAUCCUUGAGCUCCCCCAAGCUAAGGCCAGCAGGGGGAUUGGACAGCUGCUCCGAUGGGAACUCGCCGUGCAAGACAAAGCUGCUCUGUUUGGUGACUUCAACGGCGAGUGAGGUCGGAAUUAGCAGCGGCAGAAGGGGGUUUCAGCAGCAAAGGUCGCCGGGGUUGAAGGGGCUUCCAGGGCCUACGAGAUCAAGCAGAACUCUCAGUAAGGAUUUGAGCAUUGAUUCUGAGCAUUCCUUGCCAAACUGGGAUAGACAAAGUGCCUUCCGAUGAUUGUUUUCUUGUUAGGCAUAUUGAUAUAAAAUUAAUACAGAAACAGUUUGUGGCCUUGUUGUGCUCAUAUAUCUAUUAAAAAUGUGUUAACAAUCUUACCUAAAUCAAACUUUUAGAACCAA